UCAAUAGUGUGGACACAAGAAGUGAUUGUCUUUCAGAACAACAAAAUAUCCGUCAAUCGGGCGCUGGAGUGGACUUUGACGCGAAAUCCGCCGAAAAACGCGUGGAUUCUCGACUUUGACGUCAUUUCCGACCAAACGAUUCGCAUUUCCGGCAAAAACGGCGCAAACGGAACGCAAUUCGCGGUCCAAUGGACGCCAAACCGCAAUUUUAUUUCGCUGAAAGUGACGAACAUUUCGGAAGAAACGCAAGAAUUGCCGCGAAUUGCAUCCAAAAGUGCGCCAAAAGCGGAAUUUGGCGCGAAUUUGGAGGACUUCUUGUGCAGGAAAUGGUUCCACGACUUGAUCCGCGCCAUAGAAUGGGAGCAGAGGUUGUGUUCGGCGGCGAAA